CUAGACACUGCCCACACCCACAGCCAUGGUCAACCCAAACGAGGACAGCGAGUUCAACGACGCGCUGCGCGCGCACGGCAUCCUGCCGCCCAAGCCUCCCUCGCGCCCACCGUCCCCCGACAUCCCGCACAUCACGCAUGCCGAUGCGGUGCGCGCGAUCGCGUCGACGGCCGACGCCGACCAGCUGGGAAACCUUCUGGAAGCGGACAACAUUGACUCGGACGACGAGCGCAUGUUUGAAGACUACCGCCGGAGACGGAUCGCCGAGAUGCGGGCCGAGGAGAAGCGCGGGCGCUUCGGCAGCCUCGAGCCGCUCGCGCGCGAGGACUUUGUGCGCGAGGUCACCGAGGGCUCCAAGCUCAAUGCCGACGGCAAGGUCGAGCCAGAGGAGCCCGCACCGGGGAGCGACGACGAGGAAGACAACAAGCCCGCCCUCCUCCGCGCGCGCAAGCUGAAGGGCACCGGUGUCGUCGUCUUCCUGUUCAAGGACUCAAUACCCCUCUCGCAGCACCUUCGCCCGCUCCUCGCCCAGCUGGCAGCCGCUCACCCCGAGACCAAGUUCCUCUCCAUCCCCGCGACCAUGUGCAUCCCCAACUACCCCGACAAGAACGUCCCCACGCUGCUGAUCUACCGCAACGGCGACAUGGUCGGCAACCUCAUCGCGGGCGCUGGCAUGAAUGGCCUCAAGACGACCGUGCGGGAACUCGAGGCCCUCCUCAUCCGUUACACUGCGAUUGACAAGCCGUCGGCGGCGCUGCGGUCAGCGGCCCGUGCCAACGAUUCAGACGACUCGGACCUCGACUCGGACGGCGGCGAUGUGGGCACUGUCAAUGCUCGCAGUGGAGGCAUCAGGUCGGGUGGAGGGUUGGGCACGGCGAGUGGAGGUGGCCGUGCCGCCAGGCGCGGGCAGGACAGCGACGACGAUUCAGACUUUGACUUGUAAACAUGACUCUCUGUCUGUCACUGGGCGCCGUUUGACAGCGGGCGCCGACACAAAGCAUAUAUUUGCAUACUCUGA